ACUUCCCUCCCUCUACUUUUUCUCUCCUUUUUCUCCUUGCGCGCUAGAGCAGCCGAAGGGUCUUCCACCUGUCCUUACUAUAUAGCUUCGUGCUUGCUGUCAUCCUGGUGGACGAUACCUGCCCUACCUUCCAAGUCCCUUGCUGCCUCAGGCUUGCCGCUGCCUACAUCUGCCUCUGCUAUACUAUACCACGCUUCCCUUCUACUGCCACGCACAACGUGACCAGCUCAGGCGCGACCUUGUGAUUCACCAGUCAUCUGCUGUGAACGUGUCAUAUAUAAACCGUCUACCUCGUGCAAUCUUCUCAUACACCACCUCAGAUCUACUGUCAAAAUGCCUGCCAAACCAAUUCUUCAUCCGUUGCGGACGCCCAAGAACAUGACGUUCCCCUCGGAACUACAACCAGACAAUGGAGUAAGGCUAGGUGCUCCAGGAAAGCAACAAGAUGAGAGUCUCUCAACACCUAUCACACCUCCCGCUGCAUACACCGAAUUCCUCAAAUCAUUCACGCCGGUCUUCACCCCGGAUGGCAACGGAGGUACCGUCACCCGCUUCGUCUGGGACAAGGCCAACAAGACCCCCACAUCCCAACCAGCCAGCGCAGUCAGUGGUUCAUUCAGCUUCCCCGAACCAACCAGACCAGCUACAGCAACAUUACCCCCUCCGUCACCCUAUGGAAGUGCACCACACGGUCGUGACAUGAUGAGUCUGCGUCGCUUGCGCAUCCCGCCGCCAAUGCGGUAUUCCCCUACGCUGGAGACGCCGCGCAGUGCAACGACGCCCGUCCUAUCACCGUACUCUUACUCGUACUCCCCGGCCGAUUGGAAGAUGCGCUACUGGGAUGGCCCCCGGAGUGCAACGGUGGGGAGAGUCAGCGUGCGUCAUGUUGUCACUCACACGGUGACGUAUAAGCGGACGCAACUUGAGGAUCCGCCCAAGGGGAAACGGAGAAAGCAUAACGAGACCAAGCAGGAGGAGGAGGAAGAAGAAGAUUCCUAAACAGGAUGGAUUUUAGUUCGUUCGACUCACGAUUUCCUUUUUACUGUUGUUUUCUCUAUGGUCAUGGUACUAGCGCAGGGUCCGGCGUUAGGAGUUAG